AGAGGUGCCAAGGAAAUGAAAAAUGAGGCAGGGGAAAGAGACAGAGAAGUGAGCAGCCUGAACAGCAAGCUCUUAAGCCUGCAAGUUGACAUCAAGAAUCUACAUGAUGUUUGCAAGAGACAGGGGAAGACCUUGCAGGAGAAUCAGCUCUGUGUGGAAGAGGCACUGAUGAACAGCAGCCACAAUAAAAAACAAACGUUGGCAUUUGAGGAAUCACAGAUGGAGUUUGGGCCCAGUAAACAAUGUCACCUGAGACAGCUCCAACAACUCAAGAAAAAAUUGCUGGCCCUUCAGCAAGAACUGGAGUUUCGCACAGAGGAGUUGCAGACUUCUUACUGUUCCCUCCUGCAGUAUCAGUCCGUCCUAGAGAAGCAGACUUCUGACCUGGUUCUUCUUCACCAUCACUGCAAACUGAAAGAAGAUGAGGAACCUGAGAGCAAGGGUGAUCACUCAAAGGUGCGUAUAUACACAUCUCCCUGUAUGAUUCAAGAGCAUCAGGAGACCCUGAAACGACUGUCUGAAGUCUGGCAAAAGGUCUCUGAACAGGAUGAUCUGAUCCAGGAACUUCGAAAUAAGCUAGCCUGCAGUAAUGCUUUGGUUCUGGAACGUGAAGAGGCUUUGAUAAAAUUACAAGCAGACUUUGCUUCUUAUACAGCCACCCACCGACAUCCUCCUAGUUCCUCAGAAGAUUGUGAAGACAUCAAAAAGAUCCUGAAGCACCUACAGGAGCAAAAGGACAGCCAGUGCCUGCAUGUGGAGGAAUACCAGAACCUUGUGAAGGACUUGCGCAUGGAGCUCGAGGCUGUGUCAGAACAAAAGAAAAACAUCAUGAAGGAAAUGAUGAAGUUGGAGCUGGACCUGCACGGGCUGCGGGAGGAGACAUCCGCCCAUCUGGAGAGGAAGGAGAAGGACGUUAUGAUCCUGCAGCACCGGCUGCAGGAGGUGCAGAUGCAGUUCACAGAGACCCAAAAGCUGGGUUUGAAGAAAGACACGCUCCUCCAAGAGAAAGAUGAAAUGCUGCACGAGCUAGAGAAAGAGCUGACACAGGUUCAGACUACCCUCCUGAAAAAAGAGAUGGAGUUGGAGAAGCAGCAACUAAUGACAACAGAACUCGAAAUCGCCAUCCAGGAGGCAAAGCAGGAUAAGUGCAAGGUGGAGUGUGGGGCCCUGAGAGCUGAGAUGGAAAAGCUGAAGGACUGUCUCGAAGAUGCCCAACAGCAGCAGAGGCUGGCUGCUCAGCAAGCAGCUCAAUACAAAGAAGAGGCCGUUAUGGCAAAGAAUAACCUGGAGGAUUCCCAGAGGAAGCUGCAAAGCUGCAUUCUCUUGGAGAAGCAGAAGGCAGACACCAUCCAGGAGCUGCAGAGAGAACUUCAGAAGCUGCAAAAGGAUUCCUUGUUGGCUGAAGGGGAACUUACGCCCCACAGGAAACGGAUAGAGGAGCUGACGUCGGAACUCUCUGAGGCCCUGAGGAAGCUUGAAAACUCAGACAGGGAAAAGAAGCAGCUUCAGAAGACAGUGACUGAGCAGGAUAUGAAACUGAAUGAACUACUAGAUCGUAUAAAACUCAUUCAGCACCAGCACAGGGAGCUAGCCUCCACCAAAAGCACUCUAGAAGAGGAGCUUAAGGAAGUAACAAGGUUGCUAGAGGAAAAACGGGAACAGUUGAAAAAGAGCAAAGAACAGGAGAAGCUGCUGGAGGUAGAGAUUGAGUCAUUGCGACAAGAAGAAAAAAAGAAAGAAAAGAUGUCAAAAGAGACUUUACGAAAGUUGGAGGAAGAAAAUGAGAAUCUCAAGAUACAGUUUAAGCAAUGUUCUACACAACUGGAGUCCUCUCUCAGCAAAAACACCACCUCCCAGAAAGUCAUCCAAGAGCUGACUAGUGAGGUAGCCUUUCAGAAGGAGUCCUUAGUGAGUCUGCAGGCCCAGCUAGACAAGGCUGUGCAGAAAGAGAAGCAUUAUCUCCAGACCAUGGUCAGUAAAGAAGCCUAUGAGGAAUUAUCCCGGAAGUCGGCUGCCUGCCAAGAUGACCUAACACAAGCUCUUGAAAAGCUCAAUCAUACAAUAUCAGAGACCAAGAGCCUGCACCGAAACUUGACGCAGGCCCAAGAUAGGAAAGUUCAGCUGGAAGAUGAAAUUAUGGCUUAUGAGGAGAGGAUGAAAAAACUCAACAUGGAAUUAAAAAAACUUCAAGGCUUCCACCAGCAGAGUGAGCUAGAGGUACACGCCUUCGACAAGAAGCUGGAGGAGAUGAGUUGCCAAGUGCUGCAGUGGCAGAAGCAGCACCAGAGUGACCUCAAGAUGCUGGCCGCUAAAGAGGAGCAGCUCCGGGCCUUCCAGGAGGAAAUGGCCACCCUGAAAGAGAGCCUCCUUGCUGAUGAUAAGGAGUCCUGUUGCCUGCCCCAGCGGACUGUGCCCAAAGACACCUGUAGGCUGCACCGGGAGAGUGAACAGAUUAUGACCAACAUGGAGCAAUGGGCAAAAGAGCAGAAGAUCGCCAAUGAGCAAUUAGGAAACAAGCUCCGUGAACAGGUCAAAUAUAUCGCCAAGCUGACUGGUGAAAAGGACCACCUCCACAAUGUAAUGGUCCAUCUGCAACAGGAAAACAAGAAGCUGAAGACCGAGAUAGAGGAGAAGAAACUGAAAUCUGGGCACUCAAGGUUAUGCACCAAAGCCCUGGGCCCAAGCAAAACGGAGCCCACACAAAGGGGGAAAGUGUGUGGCACCUUGGGCUGGAGGGGGACAACCCGGGACAUGAGCCAAAGAGUGGAUGUCACCAAGUUUGUCAGGAUUCCCCACUGUUCAGGUAGGUCUGCCAUUUGUCUUUUGCUACUUACUAUGUUAUGUCGUCUUAGCGCAUGGGACAAAAAAAUGACAGCCUGAUAGUAUUUUUCAAGAGAUCACUGGAUUGGGCAUUCAGAUAGAGAACAGAUCUUUUUCUUAAUGACUCAGAACCAGAGAUAAUUGUUUCCUUGUCUGUAG